GUUUUUAGUGUUGGAGGUAGAAUUAUUAUCUACGACAAGAAAGAAUGGCGGGCAAAAAGAAAUACAAAGACCUGCGUUACCUGUUCAUGCGAGGGCUGAUUCAGCAAGAAAUUAAACAACGGCGUGUCCACUACCUCAAGUCUGCUGCAGAAUGUACAUCACGAGCAAUUGUAUCUCUGGAACUCUCGGAGGAUCCCAUCAAAUCUGUCCACCAGGCUGAGAAACUUCAAGGGAUAGGCGGAGAGACCAAGAAGCGACUGCUGACCUACAAUGAUGGAGAGGAGAUUAAUGAUAAUCCGCCCAAAGGUGGAAAGUUUGUCAGUUCCGCUGGCGCCAUACUACUGACUUUGUUAGAAGCCACAGAGAAGGCCUUGGCAGAUGAUUGUAGACAGGAGGAAGUUGUUCUGGUCCCUGAGUCUGAGGUCAAGGAUCGUGCCAGACAAUUGUCAGAAGAAUCAUUCCUGAAAGAUCACGAUGAUGGUCUGUGUGCAGCCUGGUGGAGAAUGGAGGUGCUGAUUAAGCGAGACUUGGUGAAGAGGAGGACAUUACACAAGGAGCCCAUGUACCAGCUCCUGUCCCUGGGGAGGGAGGCUGCCUGCCAUGUUAAAACACGCUUCACCUACCCCCAGGGCUCUGAUCCAAACGUGAAAGCAGUUCAAUCCAGUGGACAGAACAACUUCCUGUAUACCAAUGACAAAGGACGUGAUGGGGUAAUACUGCAGGUGGACCACAGAGAACAUGGUGGUGAUCGCCUUGGUCUGGGACAGCUGUGUGACCUCCUGGCAGGGGAGGGUGUGACCUAUCGAACAAGACAACUAAGGACAGGGGACUACCAGUGGGUGUGGCGGUGUGAAGGUCAGGAACGUGACCUUCCUUGUAUAGCCGAGCGUAAACGUGUAGAUGACAUGGCACGGACCCUGAAGGAGGGACGGUUCUGGACCCAGGUGACAAAGAUGAAGGCAUUUAAGGCCGAGUUUGAGGAGAGAGGAGUUGCUUGUAUUGUUCACUACCUUGUAGAAGGCAACCCAGAGAACUAUGUUGUCAGGUGUGGUGACGGUUGUCAGGGGGUAGGCAGAUGUGGCUAUCCCUCCCUGCAACAGGUCAAGUGUGCAUUCCGGGACCUGUCUGGAGACAAAGACUUGGUGGCCCAGGCAACAGAUGAUCUCCAAGCUACAGUGGCUGUCAUAGCAUCUAUAACCACUGACCUUCAGCAAAGAACCAGGAAGGGAAAGUUUGACCAUCUGGUUGCCUUGGAACUUGACCAACCCAAUGAAUUGAAGAUGAAAGUUCAGACACCUCUAAAAUGUGAAAAGUCCAGCGAGUCAAAGGUGAUGGCGAGAGAAGAACCAUUGGUUGUCGAUAGCGACAGUUGUGAUUCUCUAGAUAUUGGAUUACAUUAUCAACGGCCAGUAGGUUCAAAGGUUACCCAGACAGAAAGGUCACCAAAGAAAAAUAAGUAUCCAACAGAAAGUUCAUCAGGGUCAAGAAAUAGAUACAGUAAGGAAAACACACCUCCACCGAGUCACACGUUUUCUAGUCUGAAAGGAACACAACGAAUACCUGCCAACCCUGAUGAUGAGGAUAAUGAUGCUUAUCUUGAUCAGGACCAACAUAGACCUUCAAGGAACCACAACUGUUCACAGAUUUCAAAUAGAACUUAUACUAGUGAAGCAAUUCAAACAAAGUCUGUAUCUGAUUUAAAUACACCAAACCGUGGCUCCUAUAGAAUUAAUGAAUGUGAAGACUGGUACUCUGUGGCUGUUACAUCUCCACCACAGUCGUCAAGGAAACAAGAUUUAUCCCCCCUGGAGCCUCUGGUACAGUAUCACUGUAUGGGGUCGUAUGCUGGCCCCUCACCUUCCAAAAGGUCGAGGGAGACCUCUGGGUCUGUUUACAAACCUAAGAUGACCAACUUGUCCAACAGUGAUGUUAGGGAUGUUUACAGACCAAACUUAAAUGACCAGACAAAUUCAUUCAAAAAGGAAUCAACAACAUCUUAUAGACCAAAACUGUCUACCAAUAAAAGGCCAGGAGAUGUUAGCAAACUAAACACAACAGAGCAAAGAGUAUCAACAGUCUCUCCAAUCAGCAAAUAUAGACCCAAAAUAUCCACCAAUAGGAAACCAGGGGAGGAGUACAGGCCAGGAAUGACACCUUCUUACUUGCCCCAACCUGAUAGUUUCAAAUCAUACUCUAGUCUGACACAUAAUUAUCGACCAAAAAACGUGACUUCCAAAAAUGAUUUGGAUGCAUGCAAACCAAAUAUGUCAAGUUCUACUCAUGGAGAUGAAUAUGACAAUACAUUUGACCCACAAAAAAUGUAUCUGCCCAAAAUGUCCACUAGCCAGGGUGGACAAGCCAGUGAACUCGGAUCUUCCUUUCACAACCCAGGAAGUACGUACAACUCUCAAAAAUACAGAGCUGGUGAAAAUUUCGAUGAUUCCAGUGCUACUGAUGGCCAUGGUUACAAAUCACUAGCAUUGCAUUUUGAACAUGUGCAAAAAUCACCUGAUGUUAACAGCUUUGGGAAAAGGAAAAUAGUUAACCUUGAUACUGCAAAACAGGCCAAAUAUAUUACCCAACAAAUCUCAACAAAAACACCUGCUAAGAAGAUAGCUACACGCAGAAAGACUAGUAAAGUUAAACAGGAUGAUGUGUGGCUUAAUGACAACUGUUCUGAUAGCUCAAACGAUGAGGAUAUAGAUACUCCUGUGGUACACAAACCUGUUCUAAGGGAAGUAACUCCUAAAUCAAAGCUUUGGUUAGAGAGAGAGGCAGAUUCAGAUAGUGAUAGUUUACCUUGUGUUGAUCUGGGGCAGGAGGAGGAUUACGACUUGGAUGACCUCCCUGACCCAAUAUGGCAGCCCCCAGCCACUAAGGGACAUCGUCAGAGGACUUCACCAUCACCUACCAGUGGAGUGCAUCGUCAGAGGACUUCACCAUCACCUACCAGUGGAGGGCAUCGUCAGAGGACUUCACCAUCACCUACCAGUGGAGGGCAUCGUCAGAGGUCUUCACUGUCUCACAGAACACAAAUAAAUAGGAGUCCUGAUAAUGGAAGUAAAGGCACUUCGAUGACAUCACCAGGUCCCACAAAGGGGACUAAAGGACAAUCACAGGUGUGUUCUAGUCAACUUGAGAAUAAGAUCCGAUUGGUGAAUUCUGUGCUACCUCAUGUGCCUAGGGUAAAGAUUCUGUUUGCAUUAGAACUUCACAGCGGAAAUGUAGACUUAUGUGUGGCAAGCCUGCUGGAUGAUAAUUCUCAGUGACAUAUGACCCAUGUAAGAAGGUACUGGUAUGUGUCGCAUAGCAUACGUGUGUGCUUUUAUGCUUAAUAUAAAUAUAUCACCUUUGCUUUAUGAAUUACACGAGGGAAAGAUGCAAAAAGGGUCACUGUGGCAUGGAAGAUUACUCUUAAAACCUCCUAAAACUCUUUAGGGAGACCCCCAACUCCUCUGAUGGGGAUUGGAAGACCGCUUCCAUGCCCUCCUCGUCACCCCAAGGUGCCAAAUCAGCGCAAGUCUAACAUAAUCAUAAACUAAGAAAAAUAUUUACUCUGCUACUGAUGACCAAAGCCUGUCCCUACAGUGAGAUAUGACAGAGAAAAAUGAACCCUUGGGGAGAGAUUCUUGACUGGCUAACCUUCAACUUGAAGCAAGCCCCUGGUUAGGCAAUCAAGAAUAUCACCCUAAUUGUCUGUCAUACCUCACUCUUGGUGAAGAUUUUAUUAAUCACCUGGGAUAUUAUACCUAGAUUUUAGCAAUCAUAUUUUAUUCGGUUUUUUAUUUCAAUUUAUAAUUGGAAUUUAAGGUAAAGCUAGUAACAAUGAUUAAAUCAUGGAUUGCAUUGUAAUAGCAACGUAUUAUGUACAUCAGAACUUACAGCAUAGUUUUCAGGCCAAUAAUGAGAAGAACCGAUUUAGUUUAUAGUUACAUGUAUAAUCGUCCAGAAUAUUAAUGACUAUCACAGUCUGCAUUAUAAACUGCUUGGAAGACAAGUGCUCCAGUCUGUUGGAGUCUGGAUUAUAAGUGUCUGGAUGGCAAAGAUUUGGGACUUUAUGAGUUAUAAAUAUCCAGAUGGCAUUUCCAGAGAAAAAAAUCAGUCCGUUUUCCAUUCCCAAUUCUGAUUAUAAAUUCCAUUAUAAAAUCAACACAAUAGGUUCAACACUGGACUGGAAAGUCAGAUGUAUACAAUGCACAGUGUCCGUUAGAAGUCAUUUAUUUCAUUGAAUUUACUAUAUGGUUAAUGUCCGUGUUGUAAAAUGAAUCCCUUAAAACUGUAAAAUUUUGAUUGUAAAAGAAGGAGACCUAAUAUACAGUAAGCCACUCGGUUGAUGUUACGAAAGUGUUGUCACUGUUUAUAUGGGGAUUCAGUCCCAUAAAGUCAAAAACUGAUUAUUAAAUUGAUCAUUGAUAGGUUUUAUACUUCCAAUUAUAAAUCAAUUAUCGAUUGUUAUUUUAAAGCGAUCACCAAACACUAAGUAAUAAGUUAACUUGAAUGUUGGAGUCUAGUUUAACUGACUAGAUAUAAAGUUUUUAUUUUUUUGGGGUUUUUUGAGUCCAGAUCUUAAAUGUCUAAAUAAUGAAUUUUUCCAGCUGUCACAGUCCCAGUUCAUUAGGUUUCACUGGGAACGAAAAUGAAGUGUUCAUGUGCAGCUAGAAAUGUAUAAUCUAAUUAAAAUAUGCUUGUUUUAAUUCAUCUCAGAAUAAUGUUAAAUGUAUUACAAAUAUUAAAAUACUCAAUUGCU